GAGUACUUGCUUACUACGUGAAAAGCCCUGGGUUUAAUCUCUAGCACUACAACAUUUGUUUCCUUUCUCCAUCUGUUUUAGGAUUCUAUAUCUUCCUAUCUAUCUAUCUAUCUAUCUAUCUAUCUAUCUAUCUAUCUAUCUAUCCAUUUCCCCCUCUCUAUCCCUCUAGCUAUCCAUCCCUCUAUCUAUCCAUCCCUCUAUCUAUCCAUCCCUCUAUCCCUCUAUCUAUCCAUCCCUCUAUCUAUCCAUCCCUCUAUCCCUCUCUAUCCCUCUCUAUCCCUCUCUAUCCCCCUCUAUCCCCCUCUACCCCCUCUAUCCCUCUAUCCAUCUAUCUAUCUAUCUAUCUAUCUAUCUAUCUAUCUAUCUAUCUAUGUUUUUAUUUAGGUUCAGAUAGGAUCUGACAACAUAUACCAGGUUGGCUUUGAACUUAUGUUCUUCCUGCCUCACCUUCUUGAGUACUGAAAUUACAGGUAUGUGCCACUAUGCCUGGCUUUAAAAAAAUAAAAUUACAUAGUAUGACUGUGGUAACAACUAUGUUUUUAUUGUUUUUUUUUAUUUUUUUUAUUUUUUUUAUGGUUUUUUGAGACAGGGUUUCUCUGUGUAGCUUUGUGCCUUUCCUGGAACUCGCUUUGGAGACCAGGCUGGCCUCGAACUCACAGAGAUCCGCCUGGCUCUGCCUCCCAAGUGCUGGGAUUAAAGGCGUGCGCCACCACCGCCCGGCUGUUUUUAUUGUUUUAAAACCUUUUACAAUUUUCUACUAAGGAACGAGUUUGUUGUGGACUUUUUAAGUCAUGGACUUUUUCUUAAUCCAUUAAGUAAGAAGACACAUUUCAUUCAAUUUAUGCAUAUAAUUACUGACUUAUCUGAAUAUGGAGUUGAAGCUUGAGACAUAAAAAAAAUACAGUUCUUUUGAGGUAGGAUAGAAACAAUGUACUGAAAUAAGAAGACAGAGAGAUGGGAAACAGAAAUAUAGCAGGGCCCAAUAUAGAGUGAGUUUUUGUGGCCAGUUCAGAAAAAAGUUGCUGAAUGCUAGAAAGGAAUGAAACAGAUAAGGGGCCAGUGGCAUAUCAUGGAAGCCAUGUGUCCUCCUAAUGAGAGAAUUUUUGUGAAGGGAUACAAUAAAAAUAGAAUCCAGAUUUCAAACUCAGAGGGUAUUUGAGAGAGCUGAGGCUGAAUCUAGAUACUUUUAGAUGGUUUGUUGUCAGCCAGAUGAACAGGGCUUUACCAUAACUGUCAUUAGGAAACAAGAAAAAAGUACUUUUUCAAGAAACUAACGUUAGAGUUGAAUUUACAUUUUUUUUUUUUUUUAUGUUGAAAGGACCUGGAGGGUAUUCUAGAGCAGAUCUCUCCCACGGAAUCUUCUGCGAUGAUGGGUACAGUCUAACCUGACUGGUCUAAUAUGGCAGCCACUGGUUAUAGGCGGCUGUCAAGCACCUGGGUGUUUUUGUUUGACUAAUGAGCUUUUAUUUUAGCAACUAUUAAUUCAAAUAGCCACAUAUGGCUAGUGGGAUCUGUAUCAAGUAAUCUUUCAGAAAAUACAUGUGUAUGACUCUUUGGGACAUUAGAAGUUACAGCUUAUUUGCCUUCUUUGUUUGUGCCUAAGUUGGAGAUUUUGGGACAGGAAAUUGACUUUUGUAUUUGAAAGUUUAGCUUGAUAAGAAUAUAUAACAGGAUGUGUUAAAGAAAUGAACCGAGGGGUUGGAGAGAUAGGUAGCUUAGCAGUAUACACUGCUCUUACAGCAGACUUGGUCCCAGCACCCAUACCAGGAAGCUCAUAACCUUCUGAAACUCCAGUUCUAGAGGAUCUGACACCCUCUUCUAGCCUUUACAGGCACCUGCACUCAUGUUCACAUACUCAUUCACAGACAUACUUGCAUACAUAUAAUUAAAAAAUAAAGAACAAAUCUUAAGAAAUAAACUGAUUUUUACCAUAUUUUAUUUCCCCAUCCAAAGGUAUUCCUGAUAUCAAGAACACAGCAAACACUACCAUCUCUCUAUCACUUUAUGAAGGUUGUCAUGUGACAUCAGUUCUGUGGAUAUUUAAUAUUCUCUUAUUCAGAGUCAAAGUUCCUUGAGGCAUGAAACAUGGGCUAUAUUACCAUAUUUCCACGAGAGCCAUCAACUUACUUUGGUUAAGGUCUAACAAUGGAAAUGGGACCUAAUCCAUUCAGCUGGGGUAGCAAAAUUCUAUUAUCAUGUAUUUCAUAGAAAAUACACACAAAAGGUGAAGGACUAUUUGAAUACCAACAAGAAGAGUUUCCAGGAGUCAUGUCAGCCAUCAAUACUACUGAAACCCAUCCAGAGGCCUUUUUGUUGGUAGGAAUACCUGGUUUGGAGCACCAGCACAUCUGGAUCUCCAUUCCUUUCUUCUUUGCCUAUACCUUGGCCCUACUGGGCAACUGUACCCUUCUCUUUAUUAUCUGGGCAGACUCAGCCCUCCAUGAGCCCAUGUACCUCUUUCUGGCUAUGUUGGCAACCAUAGAUUUGGUCCUUUCUUCUACUACACUGCCCAAAAUGCUUGCUAUUUUUUGGCUCAGAAACCAAGAGAUCAGUUUCUAUGCCUGUCUUAUCCAGAUGUUUUUUCUCCAUUCUUUCUCCAUCAUGGAGUCAGCAGUGCUGCUGGCCAUGGCCUUUGACCGUUAUGUGGCCAUCUGCAAACCCCUGCACUACACCACGAUUCUGACCAAACCCCUCAUCAUCAAGAUUGGCCUGGCUGCUGUGACUCGGGCUGUGGCAUUAAUGACUCCACUCCCCUUUCUGCUCAGACGCUUCCACUACUGUCGAGGGACAGUGAUUGCUCACUGCUAUUGUGAACACAUGGCUGUGGUAAGGCUGGCAUGCGGGGACACACGAUUCAACAACAUCUAUGGCAUUGCUGUGGCCAUGUUUAUUGUGGUGCUGGACCUGCUCUUUGUUAUCUUGUCUUACAUCUUCAUCCUUCGUGCUGUUCUCCAACUUGCCUCUCAGGAGGCCCGCUACAAGGCCUUUGGGACAUGUGUGUCUCAUAUAGGUGCUAUUCUGUCUACCUACACGCCUGUAGUCAUCUCCUCAGUCAUGCAUCGUGUAGCUCGUAGGGCUGCUCCUCAUGUCCACAUACUUCUUGCAAUUUUCUAUCUUCUUUUCCCACCUAUGAUUAAUCCCAUUAUCUAUGGUGUCAAGACCAGGCAGAUUCGUGAUCACGUGCUCAGCCUAUUCCGUAGAAAGGAUGUGUAGAUGGAUAAUUAUUUUCUUAUCCACAAGCCCAGUACUGAAUAGAUGGUGUGUUGGAUAUAGAGAGAAAUCCUUAGGAUAACUGCAGGAUCCCAGUUGGCAAUUCACCAGUCUUAGAACUCCUUGACAUCCAGUUAUUUACUGAUCCAUCAGUCAUAUUUCAUUAGGUGUGCACCUAUAGCAGGAGCUGGACCAGCCCAUUUUCAUAGGGCCUUUACAUGAUUAAGGAAGACAAUGAAACUUCCAGAGUGGAUAUUGCUAUCUACGGGAAAGACAAAAGGCAUGCUGGCUAAGACUGGCUCAUGCAUACGAGGUUUUAUCGAUUAUCAUCCAGAGUAUUAAUGAGUGAGGAACAUCGUCCAAGAAUGGAGUCACAGGAGCAGAUUUCUGAGUGCUUGUGAGAAAACUCCAAGAAACCAAGAGUCCUGGGACCUCAGUUUCUUCAAAAACAUGGAAUUGUUCUUGGAUUAUGUUUUUUCUUCUCCCAGGUAUAGCAGACAGGAGAGAGUUUACUUCAGAAUAUUCAUUACAACUGGCUAUUGUUAUUUGUGUAUAUGCCUAUACGGAAAAGCAUGUUUUUGUCAUGUUCUGCUUGCCCACCACAUACAGCUUGCUUGCCACAUGUGGCUUGCCUUGUGAUUGGAAACUUCAUUCAUGUGACUCUUCUUAACCCUUAAAUUGUCUGAUGCUUAGAAUAAAGUUGCAUGAGACUUGAGUCUGCCUCAUUUAUUAGCUUCACUCUUCCGGGUCCCACUGCCUCAAGAGCAAUGACAGAUGAACUAAAUCACUAAUUUGGUAACCCACAGGCCAAUGCCAUCCACCACUGAGACUACUUGUAUAAUGCUUUAAGAUGGCCUCCAGCCUCUACUUCUCUUUUUAAGCCCAUCUUUCAAUGUCACUGUCUCUGCACUUGAAUAGCUUUAUUCAUAAGAGAUUUCUUUCUUUUUUCUUUCUUUCUUUCUUUUUUUUUUUGAGACAGGGUUUCUCUGUGUUGCCCUGGCUGUUCUGGAAUUCACUCUGUAGACCAGGCUGGCCUAGAACUCAGAGAUCUGCCUGCCUCUGUGUCCCAAGAGUUGAGAUUAAAGGUAUAUGCCACCAAUGCCUGGCCAUAAGGAAGUCUUAAUAAACUUAACUAUUAUCUGCAUAGUUCCCUUGGUAUGGCUCUUCGAACAACAAAAAUUAUAGAAUGUUCUGUUGAUUAAAAUUAUCUCUUACUAGUUUUGUUUUUAUAUUAUUAUUGUUAUUAUUUAUUUAUUUUUUGCCAGGCAAGGCUGGCCUGGAAUUCUUAGUCUUGAUAAUUCUUCUUUAUUAGUUUCUUGGCUGUUGUGAUUACAAGUAUGAACUACCACUAAACUUGUAUGUAUUUUAGUAUCAUCUGAGCAUCUUCAAAAAUAUCCCAAACCCAUGCUAUACUUUCACCAAUUUAACCAAUGUACAGGUGAAUAUGUUAUCAAUUGUAUGUUUGAAGAUUAGAAAAACAAUGAUGUAGAUAUAUCUUAGAUAAAACAUUACACAAAACCAUAUUGAAAGAAUUUUGGUAUUUCUAAUCUGCUUGCUAAAAUGUAGAGGGAUGAUUAUUGUCUUUGCUUAUUAGUCUAUAUUGUAUCUUUUGGCCAUUUCUAAGCCACCAAUCAAUGUACUAUGACAGUCCUAGGUAAAAGAGAUGCCUGGAACCAUCAAGGAUUUGUGUUGAGAUAUUGCUCCAGAAUUUACUGAAAGUUGCUUAGGCUCCAGAUGAUUCACAACUAGCAUAUAUAAAUUAUCUGAAGUGUCAUUAUUAUAUUUGAAUUAAUGUACACACAUUUAUAAGUCAUCCUCUUGUAUUUAUUUAGUGGUUACAAGUCUUCCCUGUGCAUCACUCUCCCUCAGUUCAUUCCUUCUCUUCUUUGUCCUGAUGGAAAAAUACAAGGACUUGACCACACUAUGAUCCAGUCAAAGAUGUUUUUCUGUGAAAUUCUGAACCCAAACUGGAAUCUUCAUUGUCAAACUAUUAGGCCAUUAAAUUAAAAAAAAAAUAGUUGUGUGUGUGCCUGCUUGUCUGUAUGUGCACUACAUAAUCAGGUACUCAAUGAGGCCAGAAGAAGGUUUUUGAAUCUCCUGGAACUUGCAAAUGGUUGUAAGCCCCUGAUGUGGGUAUUGGGAACUGAACCCUGGUUCUCUGCAAGAGCAACAAAUGCUCUUAAGUGCUAAGCUAUCUUUCCAGCUCAAAGUAUAUCAAUUUUGAUAUCCUAUUAUAGCAUAUGUAUUUUCAUAACCCUCAUAACUUGAAUUUAUCUUUACUCCCAAUUUGAUUCAUGUCCUGGUCCUCAGAUGUACGUAAGCAUGGCAAUCUCUGUUGUUUCUGAAAUGUAAUUGAGCAACCAGACACUGUUGACCAAGGAUGCUGUUGCCAUUAUCACCAACAUAAGAAUUCUCUCUAUAGCCCUAGAAGUCUUCAUUUUGACUAUAAAUAUCUGUCCUAUCAAUUCUGGUUCUUAUUUGAGUGUCUUUGGUAUUGAACAACCAUGAGCUGUGACAAAAAUGUAUAACAAGCUGCAAUUUCCCUUGACAAAGCAAGACAUCAGAGUGUAUUCUUGGGAACAAGAGCUAAACACUCACAUGAUUGUUAUUUCAUGGUUAUGGGCAUUGGGAAAAAAGAUAAGACAAGAACUCUGAACAAAGAUGAUCUCUUUAGUUUAAAUAAAAUAAUGACUUUCACACGGUGUCACUGGACCAUAGCGUGAUUGAUGCUCAAGAGUUAUUUCUUGCUGGGCGGUGCUGGC